CUCGCGAGAAGGAAGACGCGCAAGCCUCAGCGGCCCGGAACCGGCCUCGGAACAGUGGCGGACCCUAAAGCUGUUUGCCCUCCCGCCCCAUGGAGUGGCCCCCAGGGCUGCGGCCGGGCGCGGGCGGGCCCUGGGAGAUGCGGGAGCGGCUGGGCACCGGCGGCUUCGGGAACGUCUGCUUGUACCAGCAUCGGGAACUUGAUCUCAAAAUAGCAAUUAAAUCUUGUCGCCUAGAGCUUAGUACCAAAAACAGAGAACGGUGGUGCCAUGAAAUCCAGAUCAUGAAAAAGUUGAACCACGCCAAUGUUGUAAAGGCCUGUGAUGUUCCUGAGGAAUUGAAUUUUUUGAUUAAUGAUGUGCCUCUUUUAGCAAUGGAAUACUGUUCUGGAGGAGAUCUCCGGAAGCUGCUCAACAAACCAGAAAAUUGUUGUGGACUUAAAGAAAGCCAGAUACUUUCUUUACUGAGUGAUAUAGGGUCUGGAAUCCGAUAUUUGCAUGAAAACAAAAUUAUACAUCGUGAUCUAAAACCAGAAAACAUAGUUCUUCAAGAUGUUGGUGGAAAGAUUGUGCAUAAAAUAAUUGAUCUGGGAUAUGCCAAAGAUGUUGAUCAAGGAAGUCUGUGUACAUCGUUUGUGGGAACAUUGCAGUAUCUGGCCCCAGAGCUCUUUGAGAAUAAGCCUUACACAGCCACUGUUGACUACUGGAGCUUUGGGACCAUGGUGUUUGAAUGUAUUGCUGGAUAUAGGCCUUUUUUGCAUCACCUGCAGCCAUUUACCUGGCAUGAAAAGAUUAAGAAGAAGGAUCCAAAAUGUAUAUUUGCAUGUGAAGAGAUGACAGGAGAAGUUCGGUUUAGUAGCCAUUUACCUCAACCAAACAGCCUUUGUAGUUUAAUAGUAGAACCCAUGGAAAACUGGCUGCAAUUGAUGCUGAACUGGGAUCCUCAGCAGAGAGGAGGACCUACCGAUCUUACUUUGAAGCAGCCAAGAUGUUUUAUAUUAAUGGAUUACAUUUUGAAUUUGAAGAUAGUACACAUCCUAAAUAUGACUUCUGCAAAGAUAAUUUCUUUUCUGUUACCACCUGAUGAAAGUCUUCAUUCACUGCAGUCUCGUAUUGAGCGUGAAACUGGAAUAAAUACUGGUUCUCAAGAGCUUCUGUCAGAGAUGGGAAAUUCUCUGGAUCCUCGGAAACCAGCCUCUCAGUGUGUUCUAGAUGGAGUCAGAGGCUGUGAUAGCUAUAUGGUUUAUUUGUUUGAUAAAAGUAAAACUGUAUAUGAAGGACCAUUUGCUUCCAGAAGUUUAUCUGACUGUGUAAAUUAUAUUGUACAGGACAGCAAAAUACAGCUUCCAAUUAUACAGCUGCGUAAAGUAUGGGCUGAAGCAGUGCACUAUGUGUCUGGGCUAAAAGAAGACUACAGCAGGCUCUUUCAGGGACAAAGAGCAGCGAUGUUAAGUCUUCUUAGAUAUAAUGCUAACUUGACAAAAAUGAAGAACACUUUGAUCUCAGCAUCUCAGCAACUGAAAGCUAAAUUGGAGUUUUUUCACAAAAGCAUUCAGCUUGAUUUGGAAAGAUACAGUGAGCAGAUGACAUACGGGAUAUCCUCAGAAAAAAUGUUAAAAGCAUGGAAGGAAAUGGAAGAAAAGGCUAUCCACUAUGCUGAGGUGGGGAUCAUUGGAUACCUGGAGGAUCAGAUCAUGUCCCUGCACACUGAAAUCAUGGAGCUACAGAAGAGCCCCUAUGGAAGACGUCAGGGAGACUUGAUGGAAUCUCUGGAACAGCAUGCCAUUGAUCUAUAUAAGCAGUUAAAGCACAGACCUUCAGAUCACUCCUACAGCGACAGCACAGAAAUGGUGAAGAUCAUUGUGCAUACAGUGCAGAGUCAGGACCGGGUUCUCAAGGAGCUGUUUGGUCAUCUGAGCAAGUUGUUGGGCUGUAAGCAGAAGAUUAUUGAUCUACUGCCCAAGGUGGAAAUGGCCCUCAGUAACAUCAAAGAAGCUGACAGUACUGUCAUGUUUAUGCAAGGCAAGAGGCAGAAAGAAAUAUGGCAUCUCCUUAAAAUUGCUUGUACACAGAGUUCUGCCCGCUCCCUUGUAGGAUCCAGUUUAGAAGGUGCAGUAACCCCUCAGGCAUCGGCAUGGCUGCCCCCAACUUCAGCAGAACGUGAACAUACUCUGCCAUGCGUGGUAACUCCUCAAGAUGGCAUAAGAUGUGCCGUAUCCAGAGCCAGUGGCUCUUUGCUAGCUUGUGUUUGUCGCUUUUCUCACAACUCAUGGAGACUUCUACAGCACCAGCAUUUCCUGGAAGCUCUGCCCAUAAUUAGUUUUUCAGAAAUGCAGCCAUGUUGCAUCACUGCUCAGGAGGUCAUGCAGUUGCACAUUCUGUACUCUACUUUAAUGAGAGAAAAGCACAUGGCAGGAAGGCAAGCUGAUAUCAGGGAGACUUUAGCACAAAUGAUAGAAGAAAAUUUGAACUGUCUUGGCCAUUUAAGCACUAUUAUUCAUGAAGCAAAUGAGGAACAGGGCAGUAGUAUGAUGAAUCUUGAUUGGAGUUGGUUAACAGAAUGACUUGCCACUUUUUUACUGUCCCCAAGUUGAAGUUGUCACUGCAGAUGCUGGAAAUUCUUCUCUCAUGAAAUUACUGUUCAGACAUCAGACAGUGGAAAAAAUGGCUAUGGUUAAAAACUACGCAUGAUUUUACAAGCACAAUAUUUUGACUUUGGAUAAAUUUACCCCUUGAACAGGUAGAAGUUUGUGUCAGUGACUUGCUUAAGUACAUCAUUGCAUUGUUUGUCUUCAGACUUGCUACAACAUUAUUAAUUUAACUGACUAAAAAUAUCUUUUUUUAACAUUUAACUUGGGUAUAAGGACAAAACUAAUAUAUAUACAAAGAGUAAAAAAACCUAAACUAACGUGAUCUAAGUCAUCUGCCUGUGUUUCUGUGGAAGAGACUGCUCACAAGUAAAAUUGUACUUCUUAAAGAGUAAACCCUACCUCCUUGUAUUGCAUUCAACAGUGCUCUUCCUUGCCCACAAGGAAGGGAUUGUGCAUCUGUGCCUUUAUUAUCAGUUGGCUAACAAAUCUUAUGUGUGCUAUGUGUAUAUGUAUUUAAGAUGUACAUUUAAUAAUAUGAGAUGAUGCUUGUUAAUUUAUAAUGUAUUUGAAAGCUUAUCUGUUUUUUCAUUUGUAAAAAUGAAUAAUUUGUUUAAGGAGUCUUUCAUGUCUUGUCAUACAAAUUUAUAAAAGUCUACACUCCCUUAUCUGUAAUUCUAAAAUCCAAAAAGCUCUGAAAACAAGGUUUUUCAUAAGAUUGGUGACAAAACUCAUUUGCUUGCAAAUCUAACCUGAACUGAUACUCAAUCUACUUAUUCCAUUAGUGUGAAUAUUCAUUUAUUUUGCCGCAGAAAUAUUGUAUUUUAAUUUUUUUUGUUGGGUGGUUGUGCAGUGGAUGCUGGCGCAGGCACUGCUGGGGGUUUAUGUAGUAUGGUAUAUGCACUGAAUUACCUUUUUAAAAUCUGAAAAUUUUUUAAUUUGGAAACAUCUGGCCUUAAGGGUUCCAGAUAAAGGACUGUGGAUCUCCCAUCUUUUAAGUCAUUUAGAAGGUAUUGUUUUUAAAAAAUGUGAAAUGCUUUUGUAUUCUAGACAGUUUUUCACUUUGUGUAUUAAAUGAUUUUUAAGUUA